GUCGGAGCCUGGAGCUGAGCUGGAGAAGGAGGCGGCGGUGUGCGGGCAGGCAGGGCGGCUGGCGUGUUGCGCGCUCCGUCCACCGGGAGCUGCAAGAUGGAACGUCGGCGGGCGAGAGGUUUAUGUUGAAGAUGCUUCCCUAGAACUGGACUGAAAUUACUGUUCUCUCAAAAUUUUGUGCGGAUUAUUGAAAAUCGGAGCCAACCACCAAAACGCUUUCUUCAGACUUAGUGACCUUCUUGGGUGCCUUUCUCUUCCACCAUGGAUACUGAGUCAACCUACUCUGGAUAUUCCCACUAUUCAGGUCACUCCAAAAAGGCCCAAAGACAAGGUCGGGACAGGCACAAAUCACCACGAAGUAAAGAUGGAAGCCGAUCAGAGAAAUCUGUUACCAUUCAAGCGCCAACAGCAGAGCCGUUGCUGGGGAAUGAUUCUUCUCGGGCAGAAGAAGCUCAGGAUGACAACUGGGGUGAGACCACAACAGCCAUCACAGGUACCUCUGAACAUAGCAUGUCCCAGGAGGACAUUUCCAGGAUCAGCAAGGACUUGGAGGACAGCGUUGGCGUCGAGUGCAAGCGCUAUUUUCUCUUGACGUUGGCUGCUGUCCUGGGACUCCUCGUCUUCCUCACCCCUAUUGCCUUUAUUCUGCUCCCGCAGAUCCUGCGGAGGACUGAGUUAGAGCCAUGUGGCACGGCUUGUGAGGGACUCUUCAUCUCUGUGGCUUUCAAACUCCUCAUCCUCUUGAUUGGCACCUGGGCUCUCUUCUUCCGCCAGCCCAAGGCUGACCUCCCCAGGGUGUUUGUGUUUCGCACCCUCAUUUUGGUCCUCAUAUUUCUGCUGGUGUUUUCUUACUGGCUCUUUUAUGGCGUCCGCAUUUUGGAAUCCAAGGACAUCAAUUACCAGGGGAUUGUACAGUUUGCUGUGUCGCUGGUGGACGCUCUUCUUUUUGUCCACUAUCUCGCCAUUGUGGUGCUGGAACUGAGGCAGCUGCAACCAAUGUUCACGGUCAAGGUGGUUCGAUCGACAGACGGAGAAUCACGCUAUUAUAGCCUGGGACACUUGAGUAUCCAGCGUGCUGCUUUAGUCGUUCUGGAAAAUUACUACAAAGACUUUUCUGUCUACAACCCACUGUUGUUAACAGCUUCCAAAGCACGUGCAGAGAAGCACAUGGCAGGUCUGAAGGUCUACAAUGUCGAUGGGCCAGAUAACAGUGCUUCUGGGCAGUCCAGGGCCAUGAUUGCCGCUGCAGCUCACCGUAGAGACUCCAGUCACAAUGAGCUCUAUUACGAAGAAGCAGACCACGAGCGGAGGGUCCGAAAACGUCGAGCAAGGCUUGUGGUAGCAGUUGAAGAAGCUUUCACCCACAUUAAGCGCCUUCAGACAGAGGAGCAGCCGAAAGCCCCAGGGGAAGUGAUGGAUCCCCGCGAGGCAGCUCAAGCCAUCUUCCCAUCCAUGGCAAGAGUGCUGCAGAAGUACCUCCGCACUACAAGGCAGCAGCACUACCAUACCAUGGAGAGCAUCCUGCAACAUCUGGCCUUCUGCAUUGCCAACAACAUGACACCAAAGGCUUUUCUGGAACGUUACCUCAGCCCAGGCCCAACCCUGCAGUACAACAAAGAUCGUUGGGUCUCCAAACAUUGGACGCUGAUUAGUGAGGAAGCUGUUACAAAAGGAUUAAGAGAUGGUAUUGUGUUCGUCCUCAAGUGCUUGGACUUCAGCCUUGUUGUUAAUGUGAAGAAAAUUCCAUUUAUCAAACUCUCAGAGGAGUUUGUAGAUCCCAAAUGUCAUAAGUUUGCCCUUCGCUUGCAGUCUGAAACAUCAGUCUAGCUUAGAGGCCAUAAAUGUGUAGAUGAUGAGAAGGUAAUUUCUGACUUCAUGUUUUCAGGUUUUUUUUGUGG